UGGUGUCCUGUGUCCUCGCUUGUAACUAAUUUUCAGCCCAGUGCUAAAUUUUGAGAAAACUUGGAAGCCCCCUCAAUCUCAGGAUACGGGUGUGAGUCCCGUGUGUCCUCCCCCGAGCACGUGGCUGCUGGCUGCGGAAGGCCUGCGGGUUCCAGGAGCCGCGGAUGCGCUGAGGGGAUCUGAUGCUUGGCUGAGGGUGGACACCGCGGUUGGCAAGUGUGACUCCCCCAAAUCACCGCCACUCUUUUAUGGUUCAGUGUGCAGGGAGGUAUUCCACGGCAGAAAGUUCACCUAGGGACACCUGCCAGGAUGUCCAGGAGGCUCAGCUCCCAGUUACAGCGAAAAUUCCCGGAAGAUGUCUACUGUGAGAAACACCUGGAACUAGUGCAGUUGUUCUGUGUUGAUGACCAAAUCCUGCUGUGUGGCCAGUGCUUCCACUCUCAGGAGCACGAGAAUCACUUGGUGUGUGGAGUACAAGAGGCUGCUGGCGUUUAUAGGAAGUUAUUCCAGGAGAUAUUGAACACAUUGAAGGAGAAACUUGAAGUAGCUAAAAGCAUAUUGGCUGAUGAGCAAGAAAGAAUGGUGAUGAUUCAGGGAGAAGAGCAGUAUUUUAAAGAGAUGAUUGAGUCUGAAUAUAGAAUAAGGUUCCGGUUGAUGGUUGAAGAGAUGAACUUCCGGAGCCUACAAGACUGCGUAUUCAACCCAAAGUUGAGGGAAGACCAUCUGAAUCAAGUGCUGGCUUUUGCCACAGAGCUGAAGGGGCAGUCCCAGGAAACGCUACAGAGACUGAACGAUUUGGGGAAAGAGAACAUGAAUAAACUGAAGGAGAGUGAAGGCCGGCUUUCGGGACACAUCUGCAGCCUCCAAAAGAUGACUGUAGAGCUGGAGAAGAAGUGUGGGAAAUACACCCUAAUGGUGCUCCAGAAUGCAGGAUCUUCUUUGAAAAGGAGUGAGUCACUACUGCUUCAGUGUCUGGAGCAAGCCCAAAUCACGGACCUGAGUUUAUGCCAAGUAACAGGAAUGAGCAGAAUGCUCAAAGUUCUGCAAAGAGCUGUCACUUUGGAUCCUAAAACAGCUAAUCCCUGUUUGGUCUUAUCUGAGGAUCUGAGAAGCAUGCAUCUCAGAAAUGUCCAGCAGGACGUGCCUCACAGCCCAGGAAGAUUUGUCUUCAGUGCCACCGUGUUGGGUGUGGAAAGCUUCACCUCAGGGAGGCACUACUGGGAGGUGGAUGUGGAGAAGGCCACCAAGUGGCAGUUGGGGGUAUCUGAAGAUUCUGCCAGCAGACAUGGUGAUCUACCCACCACUUCGGGAAAUAAAGUCUUGCUCAUGGGUUCUUUGAUGGGAACCAAUUAUACCUUCUGGGCCUUUCCCCCUCUGAAGAGGGUCUCCUUGAGAGGAGAGCAGAUGCACAAAGUUGGAGUCUUCCUAGACUGUCAGUCUGGGCAGAUAUCCUUCUAUGAUGUGGCAAACAGAUCCCUCAUUUAUAAUUUCUCUUCCCUCACCUUCCAAGGAGCUCUCAGGCCCAUAUUUUCUCUUUGUAUCCCAAGUGGAGUCACAAAUUCAGACUCACUUAGCAUUUGCCUUCCUCCUGUUUCUUCUUGUGAUGUUACUGUUAGCCCACAGUCUUCCUUGGCAUGAAAUCUAAGAGGGGGCAGAAGUAAAGAGUUUGACUUUGUAAAAGAAUUUACAUAAAGUAAUCCAAUAAAAGAUUUCUCUCACUUGAGUUGGAAUCUAGUUCAUUAUCCCAGAGUUUUUGCAUUCAUGUGGCUUUCAACACUUAUUUAGUGGCAGAGGUUACAUUGAAACUGAGUCAUGAAUGAUAAUAACGGAAGGGCCCUACUAAUUAGAACAAUAAAUGCAUAUGCAGCAUAAAAUUGGGAACUUAGAGAAGUAAUACAGCCUGGAC